GUAGAAGUUUGAAGUAGAAGGUUAGAAUAAUUUCUUCAUAAAUCAUACUCUAUUACGUAAACAAAAACAAAAAGUACUGCAGGUUCUCAGUGAAUUCUCAAUAAAAAUUUAUAGGACUAUCAAAAACGAGAUGCUGCGCAGUGCUCUGGUACCAUGCAAAGAAGUAAUAUCCAAUCAAAAUAUAUUGAGAAACUUAUCUGGCAGUUUUGGCAAUGUACAGUUACAUAAAAGAGAACAAUCUACACAGCCUGUACCAGCAGAUAGACCAUAUUCACCCUUCCAAGUAUCUAAAAACAACCUUGCUGAAUAUGCAUUUGCACGUUUGGAUGAUUUGUUGAAUUGGGGAAGAAAAGGAUCCAUGUGGCCCCUUACUUUUGGUUUGGCUUGUUGUGCAGUAGAAAUGAUGCAUAUAGCUGCUCCAAGAUAUGAUAUGGACAGGUAUGGUGUGGUUUUUCGAGCUUCACCUCGUCAAGCUGAUGUGAUACUUGUAGCAGGUACAGUAACGAAUAAGAUGGCUCCAGCUCUGAGAAAGGUUUAUGACCAGAUGCCUGAACCACGAUGGGUUGUUUCCAUGGGAAGUUGUGCUAAUGGUGGAGGAUAUUACCAUUAUUCAUACUCAGUUGUAAGGGGUUGUGACAGAAUAAUUCCUGUAGAUAUUUACGUACCUGGAUGUCCACCCACAGCAGAAGCCCUCUUGUAUGGAAUUUUACAACUCCAAAAGAAAGUUAAAAGAAUGAACACAUUGCAAAUGUGGUAUAGAAAAUAAUUUGCAAUUUUUAGAUGCAAAUAGCUGAAUAUUUGUUUUGUAACAAGUCAUGCCACUGAACCUCUAACUCUGUAUAUAUUUUUUUCUGAUUUUGUUAUUAGCUGAAUAAGAUUUAACAACAUUUCUAUCUAAGUAUUACUUGGGUUCAGAAAAUAAAUAAUAUGAAACUGAAAA